CUGCUGGCCUGAGUAUCUGCACACGAGGACGAUACAUGUCAGCACCACCAGCACGUAGACAGCGAACAGCGUGAGGAAGUCCAUCAUGUCUCACCUGAAGGCUUCAGAGAGACACAACAACAGGUGGUUUACAGGGCUCCACACAAUGCAACAAGGCAUCACAAGACACCUGUUGGAUCUGGUUGCCGACAUCAUGGCCCAACACUCAUAUUACACCUCGCAGUGCUGGAGAGGGGAGCAUUACUCGGGAACUCUGCAUGGACAUCUACGGAUGCUGCUUAAAAAGUCCUCAGCAUGCCGUCGUCCAACCAGGGCUGGCCCGAUGAUUUCGGCUUCCAGCUGGGCGGCGGUGGACCCAGCUACAUCCUGUCCGUGGAGGAGGGCAGCAGCGCCCACUUGGCGGGGCUGCAGGCUGGGGACCAGGUCCUGGAGAUCGAGGGCCACAAUGUGUCGACGAUGGGUCCCCAAGCUGUCGUCGCCAUCGCCCAGACUCAGAAGAACAUCCCUCCCAGCAUCGGAGUGGUGUCCCGCAUACAGCAGAUGGACAUCGUACCAGGUCCGGACGGUCGUUUCGGGUUCACCAUCGUGGGAGACUGCCCCCUGCUGGUUGAGGACUGCUCGCCUUGCUCCCCAGCCGGCCGCGCCGGUUUGAGAGCCGGGGAUUACGUCAUGGAGGUCAACGGCAUCCCAGUCAGGCAGCACGAGACGGCCGCGGCGCUGAUCAAGGCCUCCCAGGGCAGGACGCUCCGUCUCGGGGUGCUGUGUCUCGGACCGAGGCAGAAGCGCAGCAUCAGCAUAGAGGACAGUCAGAUGGGAGGAGAGGGAGCGAGACUGGACCGUAAACACAAAGCUCUGGAGUUCAACAGGAGGGUCGACCAGAUUCUAGGCGACGAACCUGAAGUGAGAGAGAAACUCUUCACCGUGCUGAAGCACUACGCGGCCGAGAAGAGAGUCGAGUGGUUGGCCUCGGUCCUGCCUGACAUCCUCACCACGGACGAGCAUCGACAGCUCAUCUCCAGCAUCAGAAUCUUCAUUCCCAAGAAGCACCGGCAGCGCUUCGACGAGGCCGUGUCCCAGAACGUGAUCAACCGGCUCUGCCGCAGUAAGAGCAUCAGCGAGCCGCAUGGCAGGAUCCGGCGCAGUCGGAGCGAGGAUCACUCCGAUCGCCACCACGGGUCCAAACGGGCCAGCUCGGUGCCCAGAGAUGGAGAACCCGGGGGGAGGGAGACGGAGAGAGAGAGGGGCUUAAGGAAGUCCGUGUCUGGGAUACCCGCACAUCCCCCCAUCGGACCCAAUCAGAGGAUCGUUCGUGUCUACCGGGGGAAGAAGAGCUUUGGCUUCACGCUGCGAGGUCACGCCCCCGUCUGCAUCGACUCCGUUAUCUCAGAUAGCCCUGCUGAGGAAUGUGGACUGAGAACAGGCGACCGUAUCCUCUUCCUCAAUGGACUGGACAUGAGGAACUGUUCCCAUGAGAAGGUGGUGUCCAUGCUGCAGGGCAGCGGGGCGAAUCCCACUCUGGUGGUGGAGGAGGGUCCGUCUGAGUACUCCUCAGACCAAACCGACCCAGAGGAGUCUCCAAGCCUGGCCCCCACCACGGUACCGCGCUCCAGGUCUCCAGCCCUCAGUUCUCUGCAGUGGGUGGCAGAGAUCCUUCCGCCGAGCAUCAAAGUCCACGGGCGGACCUUCAGCCAGCAGCUGGAGCACCUGCUGACCAUCCAGGAGAGGUACACGGUCUGCAAGUCCCUGGAGACCUUCUUCCAGCACAGGAAUGUGGACACUCUGAUAGUAGACGUGUUUCCGGUGUUGGACACGCCGGCCAAACAGCUGAUCUGGCAGUUCAUCUACCAGCUGCUGACGUACGACGAACAGGAGCGCUGCCAGGGGAAGCUGUCACGCUUCCUGGGCUUCAAGAGCAGCGCAGUGUUGGAGCCUGACGUAGGCCCGGAGCAGCAGCACCGGCGGAGCAGCUCCAUGCGCGUGACGGGGACGUCGUACCGCGGCAUCGUCCGAGAGAGGAGCUCCGACGACUGCAUCAUCGGGACUCACCUGGGAAUGGGAAUUCAUGUGGAUGAAUCUGGGAGCCCGGAGGAGAGGCAGUCAGGAGAUGGAACCUCCUUCCCCGAGUCCCCUGACCUCAAUCAUAUGACAGGGGUGUACACGGAGCUGGAGAACGUGUACGCGGGGAAGAGUGUGUCGCCGCUGCAGGGCGGCUCCUCAGCAGAGCCCGAGGGACCGGGACAGACUGAGGCCUACGGGCGCUCUCUCUCCCCCCUCACGCUCCCCCCUCUCACAGGAAGCCGUAAAUCCGGCCUGUCCCUGUCCUGGAAGGAGCCCCUCCCCACCCCCGUGUACGAGAUCCACCACCAGAGCAGCGUGGACUCCAACCCUUACGUCAGCCUGGAGAGCCCCCCCGCCUCCCCUCAGCACUCCGACAGCGGUCCCAACACGCUGACGCGCCGCAAGAAGCUGUUCACCUUCUCGCGUCCGCCGCGCAGCCGGGACACGGACAAGUUCCUAGACGCUCUGAGCGAGCAGCUGGGCCACCGGGUCACUCUGGUGGACGACUUCGUGCACGGGGAGAACGACUACGAGGAGAUAUAUGAAGGUGGUUGUCAUGGUUUCAGAAGAAGAGGGGUGCCUAUGAGUUUCCAGGAGGACCAGGAUAUGGGCUUCAUGCCUCGGCGGCUCAGCAGCGGCAGCAGCGAGGACCACAGUAGCAGCGACGAGGCCUCCUCUCCCUCCUACUCCUCGGGAUCCGAACCCAUCCCGCCACCUCCCACCCAGAGCCCCCCGCCUCCCCCGCCUUUCCAGGCUCUGAUACCGCCCCCUGUUCAGUUCACCGACCCCCUGCCGCCGGUCCGCUUCUCCCCCGAGCACAUCCCGCGCAGCCGGAUGCCCUUUCAGCCGCACCACCCCAUCAUCCCUCCUCCGCCGCCGCCACCCAGGACCCUCCUGUCCAGCCGCUCUCCUCUAAACAAAGUGCUCCCCACCAGAGAAGAAGCGGAGAAACCUCACCAGCGCUUCCAGACCACCACCACCAUCUCCACCCGCCACAUCCACGGCCACACCGCCCUGGGCUCCACCACCCUACGCUCCUCCCAGCCGUCUCGCCCCUGCUACCUCCCCCGGCAGCUCAGCCAGCCCCAGCCCAUCCUCCAGACGUCCCCGCAGCCCUCCCCUCAACCGCUGAGACCGAGCCAGCUCGUCCUCCAGAGGCACCACCAGCUCCACCACCAACACAGCUACCAGGGCCCGCUGCCGCCGUCCCUCCAGGAGCACAGCCCCGCGGUCUCCAAGACUCCGGCCUCUCACUCCACCCUCCCCAGUCACACUAAAACCUAUGAAACCCCACGGCAGGAACACCAGACACAGCAGGCCCAGCCGCCCCCGCCUCCACCCCUGCCCCCUCCCUGCGACCCUCCUCCGUUGCCCAAACCCGGCCACGCCUCCGACACCAACCACAUGAGCGUGAAGAGGCUGCGCUGGGAGCAGGUGGAGAACUCUGAGGGAACCAUAUGGGGUCAGCUCGGAGAAGACUCAGACUACGACAAGCUCACUGACAUGGUGAAGUAUUUGGACCUUGAUCUGCACUUCGGGACUCAACGCCGAUCCAUCUCUCCUCCAGAGCCAGCCUUCUUGCCAGAGAACUUGAAAAAGAAAGACGUGGUGGAGAUUCUGUCUCAUAAGAAAGCCUACAACGCCUCCAUCCUCAUCGCCCACCUGAAGCUCUCCACCGGCGAGCUGCGUCAGAUCUUGAUGAACAUGACCACCGACAGGCUGGAGCCGGCUCACAUCAAGCAGCUGCUGCUCUACGCCCCGGACGACGACGAGGUCAAACAGUACGAGCGUUAUGAACAGGACCUGGCCAAACUGAGCGACCCCGACCAGUUCAUAUUCCAGAUGCUGAUGGUGCCCGAGUAUAAAACACGUCUGCGGAGCCUCCACUUCAAGACCACCCUGCAGGAGAGGACGGAGGAGAUGAAGGUAGCGUACGAUUACAUCUACAAGGCUUCAGUGGAGCUGAAGAGCAGCAAGAAACUGGCCAAAAUCCUGGAGUUUGUACUUGCAAUGGGGAAUUACCUGAAUAAUGGCCAGCCCAAGAGCAGCAGGACAACCAGCUUUAAGAUCAACUUCCUAACUGAGCUAAGCACAACCAAAACAGUAGACGGGAAAUCCACCUUCCUCCACAUUCUGGCCAAGUCUCUGUGCCAACACUUCCCUGAGCUGCUCAACUUUUCCAGAGACCUGACAACAGUGCCUCUGGCAGCCAAGGUGAACCAGAGGGUCAUCACAGCAGAGCUGAGUGACCUUCACACCACCAUCCUGGACAUCAGGAAGGCCUGUCUGAAGAUCCCGCCCACCUCCGAGGACCACUUCGCCUCCGUCAUGAGCAGCUUUUUGGAGAACAGCCACCCUGCAAUCCAGUCUCUGGAGUCCCUGCAGACCCGAGCGAUGGAGGAGUUCUCCAAGGUGGCCUCCUUCUUCGGAGAGGACAGCAAGUCCGCCAACUCAGAGUCCUUCUUCGGCAUCUUUGCAGAGUUCGUGUGCAAGUUUGAGAGAGCUCUCAGUGAGACCCAGUCUCCAGAAAACCCCAGAAGCCCCAGACUGUCUUCCCCUCUGGCCUGGUAGAAGCAAUUAAUGCGGGCGGAUGUCGGGGCCAAACCGACAGGCCGGUCGGCUCCAUUUUUCACUCUGCUCUCCACAACCAAAGUGCCAAGAUCACACACACACAGAGACACUCAAACCAACGGGAACAGAGACCACGUCAUCUAUAGCAAACAGAAUGGAAAUACACUGUAUUUAUCUGUAGAUAAUCACAACGGAUAAUGAGUGCCCCCGUGUGCUACAUUACUGUUAUUUCAGGUGCUGGGUAAAGCAGGAACAUUCAGGUGUCCAACAGGUCAACAAGAACUCACCGCACACUGACGACUCAAACCAGUCUUUUACAUUAUUUACAUCUUUUUAACAUUACAUUGCAGAUGGUAAAAAGAUACAUUACGGAAACCAUCCGUGCACAUUUGCAAGUUUGCAUCUCGAUGCUGCAUUCCAAAACGAGAUGUAAGUAAUGAAAACAACUGGUCUGGAUAUUUAGGUUACUUGCUAUGUUUAAUACAUGACUAUAUAAAGUUUAUAUUUUCUAUCAGAUCAUAUUUGAAAACUGUAAAGACUAAGCGUAGAUGUAGGCUGACGACAGUUAUCUAGAAGCAAGGUGAUGUAGUUUAGUUAGCGUGUACAGAGCCAGACAGUUCACACAGCGAUGAUGCACUCACUGCCUCCCAUACAGCAUGAUUUGAUUUAGAAAUAGAUUUAGAUUAGUUUUUCCAACAUCAUGUAUCCACAUUUGUGGUCUAGACUUUUAGUCAUCAUCACAGAUGGAGUUUUUAGACCGCAGUAAUCCCGACUGGACACAAUCUUGAUCAUAAUCAGCCACUGAAAUCUGUCCAAUCAGGCCAGUUUGAAGCCUCUAAAAACAAUAGGUUGGAGUGCUUUGUUAUCAGCCAUUCAGCAUCGUGAUUUGUCAGCCUUUCGACGAUUCCAAAUUCAUUCAACAACACAUUUAUUUGCGAAAAACAUCACUCAGAACACCUUUCACAGCGAGGCAAACGCUGACUACAUCAGCACAUGGUGAAAUCUGGCUCCAAAAUCGUCUGAACGUGUGGGUGAAAUGUCUUGUUUUCGUCAGCAGAGAAAGAUGAGAGGCAGCUUUAAUGUGAAAAAAGGCUGAGUUAUGCGCUCCUGGCUCAGAGAGGGCCGCUUAAUAGAUCUGCACUUUGUCAAGCAUCUCUCGAGUGUUGUAGAACGCAGACCGGCUUCAACAAAGUGGGUGGCUGCUGCUGAAUGAACGCAUGUAGAAAGAAAAACAUCCUACUGUAAAUGGUCAUUUCCUGCUUAUUCUGGUCGUCAUGGUGAUCUCCUGACUCAUCUACAGUACAGUGUACCUGUAGCUGUGUUGUAUUUAUGUCGAUGAACUAUUGUUGAGGUUGUAAAUUUACAGUUUUUUGCUAUGCACUUGCUCAUCAUUUUUUCAUUUUGUAUUGUACACUCAUGUGUCCUCGUUUUAUUUUCUUAUUCAAGAGUGUCAUCAGGAAAAUGUACCGUUUUAUUUAUUCUUUACGCGCAGCUUUAGUCAGGCUUACGAGGCAUCUCGUAAAAAUGCAACCCUAGCUGCUACUAGUGUGGUAACUCGGUGUUUCUUGUCCGAAAUCAAUUGCAUGUUGGUGCAGUUAAUGUAUUAAGGUGUGCAGCUGGUAGCAUUUCCUCUCCCUGGAUAUUUAGGUUUAAAAUAAAUACAGUUCUGUUGG